AUGCCGCCCAAGGGCAAGAAGAAAGACGCUGCGAUCAAGCCAGCUGCCGCACCGCCAGAGCAACGGCCGCCGGACUGGCCUGCCUUCAAACCCCUCAUUCCGCCUUCAGACCUAUCCCUGCAGGAAGUCGUCCCAGAGCAGAUUGUAACAGUGCCCAAUUUCUGGCCGUCCUCGCUCUGCAAAACUUAUGUGUCUUUUCUCUCGUCGUUGCCCCUCACCACUACUCCGGGGAAGCCCAAGAAAGGAGAUGCUGUGCGAGUAAACGACCGCUUCCAAAUCCAAGACGCAGUCUUCGCCAAGAGGCUGUGGGAAGAAACAGCACUCAAGGAUAUUGUGCUCGGCAACGUCGAGUCUGAAGAUGGGCUGCGCAUGACUGAGGCCGAGAGGACAUCCCUCUGGGGCGGUGAAGCCGUGGGACUAAACCCCAACAUCCGCAUCUAUCGCUAUUCGAAGGGGCAGUUUUUUGACCAACACUACGAUGACUUCAACAGCGUGGUGAUUCCAGGAGAGAGAGACAUUCAAGCUCGGACGACUUGGACCCUGCUUCUCUAUCUAACCUCGCCGGCCACGGGGUGUCUUGGAGGUGAAACAGUCUUUUACCCGGAUCCUCCAAAGAAGGCGUCCAAGAAGGACCCUCCGCCAGAACCCAUUGUAGUCGGCUUGGAAGUUGGCAUGGCUUUGCUCCACAAACACGGAGCGGACUGCAUGCUGCAUGAAGGCAGGGAAGUUUUGGAAGGUGAGAAAUGGGUCAUUCGCAGCGAUUUGUGCGUUCGCCGGUAG